UCACCCCACAUUAAACUCCUCCCCCUCAUCCAAGCCACACAUUGAAAUUCUGCAAAUAACUCCGGCCUCCCAUGCAUUUCCCAUAUAGACGUGCUAAGUCACGCCUGGGUUUCCGCACAAAAUUUAAAGCCCUGUUAGAACCAACAGUUGGCCUCGGACACAAUAGAAGCCGGGGGAAAGAUAGCAAGCCUAAAGGGAUAGAAGGAAGCAUGAAAGGCUUAAGGUCUUUAGAUAUAUUGCUGUGUUCAGGAAUCAUUAUCGUUCUGACUUUAUCUACCGCAACGAAUGCAGUGGACACAUGUGGGAGGAAUGAAUUCCAGUGCCAAGAUGGAAAGUGCAUCUCCUAUAAGUGGGUCUGUGAUGGGAGUCCUGAGUGCAAGGAUGGAUCUGAUGAAACCAUGGAAACCUGCUUAUCUGUGACCUGCAAGCCAGAGGAGUUCAGCUGUGGUGGUCGAGUUAAUCGGUGCAUCCCCUUAACCUGGAAGUGUGACUCCCAAACGGACUGUGAGAACGGUUCAGAUGAGCAGGAUUGCCCCCUGAAGACAUGUUCCCAUGACCAGUUCCGAUGCCAUGAUGGGAAGUGCAUCUCCCAAGAGUUUGUCUGUGAUGCAGAUAGGGACUGUAACGAUGGGAGUGAUGAGCUAGAUUGUCCAGACCCCACCUGCAAUCCAGCAACAUUCCAGUGCAACAGUACUCAGUGUAUCCCCAAACUAUGGGUCUGCGAUGGGGACCAGGACUGUGAAGAUGGCUCUGAUGAAUGGCCUGACAAGUGCGGGGAACAGGACUUGGUCAAGAAGCCCAAGCCUUGCUCUUCUCUGGAGUUCCACUGUGGCAGUGGGGAGUGCAUCCAUAUGAGUUGGCGGUGCGAUGGGGGUCAUGACUGCAAGGACAAAUCUGAUGAGGAGGGCUGUGUCAAAGCCACCUGCCGCCCUGAUGAGUUUCAGUGCAAUGAUGGGGAAUGUGUCCACGGGAGCCGGCAAUGCAACAAGGAAUAUGAUUGCAAGGAUAUGAGUGAUGAGAUCGGCUGUGUCAAUGUAACACUGUGCGAGGGCCCGAACAAAUUUAAGUGCCAUAGUGGAGAGUGCAUCUCUAUGGAUAAAGUGUGUAAUGGACCCAGAGACUGCCGGGACUGGUCUGAUGAGCCAAUCAAGGAGUGUGGAACCAAUGAAUGUCUGAACAACAAAGGCGGCUGCUCUCAUAUAUGCAACGACCUCAAAAUAGGGUAUGAAUGCCUGUGCCCUGAAGGCUUCCGACUCAUUGACCAGAAAAGAUGCGAAGAUAUCGAUGAAUGCCAGAACCCAGACACUUGCAGCCAGUUUUGUGUGAAUCUCCCAGGAAGUUACAAGUGUGAAUGUUAUGAAGGUUACCAGAUCGACCCGAUCACUAAGACCUGCAAGGCCAUUGGCACCAUUGCCUAUCUCUUUUUCACCAACCGCCAUGAAGUGAGGAAGAUGACUUUGGACCGAAGUGAAUACAUCAGUCUCAUUCCAAAUCUGAAAAAUGUAGUAGCCUUGGACAUGGAAGUGGCCAGCAAUAAGAUCUAUUGGUCUGAUCUGUCACAGAAGAAGAUCUAUAGCUCCGAAAUUGACAGUGCCCAUAGUCUCUCCACUCAUGAUACUGUGAUCAGUGGAGAUAUCCAGGCUCCAGAUGGCAUUGCAGUUGACUGGAUCCAUGGGAAUCUCUACUGGACAGACUCUGUCCUUGGCACCAUUUCUGUGGCCAACACUAAGGGCUCCAAGAGGAAGACACUUUUCAAACAGGAAGGUGCUAAACCCCGGGCCAUCGUGGUAGAUCCAGUUCAUGGCUUCAUGUAUUGGACAGACUGGGGAACCCCUGCUAAGAUUGGGAAAGGUGGUCUGAAUGGAGUUGACAGUUUUUCCCUGGUGACGGAAGCGAUAGAAUGGCCCAAUGGAAUCACUCUUGAUCUGUCCAGUGAUCGUCUCUACUGGGUUGACUCCAAGCUUCACUCCAUCUCCAGCGUGGAUGUCAAUGGUGGAAACAGGAGGAUAGUGUUAGAGGAUAAAAACAAACUUGCACACCCAUUUUCCCUGGCAAUUUUUGAGGAUAAGGUCUUCUGGACAGAUAUCAUAAAUGAAGCCAUUUUCAGUGCAAAUCGCCUCACCGGAUCUGAUAUUAUUUUGGUGGCAGAAGAUCUCUUGUCUCCUGAGGACAUUGUCCUCUAUCACAACCUCACCCAGCCUACAGGGGUUAACUGGUGUGAGAAGACUUCUCUCUCCAAUGGUGGCUGCCAGUAUCUGUGCCUUCCAGCCCCACAAAUCAACUCUCACUCCCCCAAAUUCACCUGUGCCUGUCCUGAUGGCAUGAACCUAGCUGCAGAUAUGCGAACGUGUAUCAAAGAAGCAAUUGUACCUGUUACUUCUUCCAAGCCCAUUGCAACAAAGGAGCCUAAAAUGACUACUCUUGCGGGCUUAGUAACAGCCAUUACACGGAAGCCGACCAUCAAGCAUGGCACUCCUGACCUCACGACGGCAGAAAUGGUUACAAUGUCCCAAAAAGCAGUACUGAAUCAAAUGGGUAUACAAGAGAGUCAAGAGCACCAUAAUGGACCCACGGCAUUAUCCAUUGUUUUACCAAUAGUUCUGCUCAUUUUGAUUGCCUUUGGAGCAUUCCUGGUAUGGAAGAACUGGAGGCUCAAGAACAUCAACAGCAUAAACUUUGAUAAUCCCGUUUAUCAAAAGACCACAGAAGAUGAAGUUCACAUCUGUAGGAGUCAAGAUGGCUACACAUAUCCCUCGGUAAGAUGCAUGUUUGCUCAUCCAGUCACUCCUCGGACAAAUAUUCAUUGAAUGGCCUGUAUAUGCCAGGUCCUGUGAUAAACGACGUACUAUAAUAGUACAUAGACUUUGCCUUCUCUGUGGCAGCAUCCAAAGUGUAAUUCAAAGACUAAAAACUGGAGGGGUCCAAAGAAAUCGUCUUGUCUAAUUCAUUACAAUUUUUUAUUAUAUUUUAUUUUUAUAAUGAACAAAAAUGGGUGUUUCUACCAGAUACUCAUUAAAAAAAAAGAGUUGAAAAACAGAACUCUUGUAGCAAAUAUGCAUAGUCAGGCAAAACAUUUCCACGUUGACUUUGUCAAUGCUGCACCAUGAGUCUGUUGUUGCCUCUUUAUCUAGAAGUGGGCGGCAUGUAGUCAUGGUUGGUCAUUGAGCUGACCUGUUCUUAGGUCAUUCAAAGUUGUUUAUUUUUACAGAGUUAUUGUAUAUGUUAUUUGGGUUCUGCUUGCUUUAUUCUGCAUCAGUUCAUACAAAUCUUAACAUAUUUCUCUGAAACUGUUUUAUUCUCAUCUUUUAUGGCCUAAUAGUAUUCUAUCACAUUUGUAUACUAUAACUUAUUUGGCCUUUUCCCAGUUGAUGGGCAGAUCCUUAGGUUCUAUUUUUUUGGUAUGAUGGGAACAAUUUAUUUUUGUAUAUAUGUUCAAUGCCAGUUUGAGAAAGCUUCCAGGUGGUGCAAUGGAUUAAUGUUUGCACCUGAAGUCUAGAAGAUCUGAGUUCAAAUCAAGCCUCACAUACUAAUUAGCUAUGUGACCCUGGGCAAGUCACUUAACCUCUAUCUGCUUCAGUUUACUUUGAAGAGUUCUUGUGAAGAUCAAAUGAGAUGAUUCGAUAAUGGGCUAAGCAUAGUGCCUGGUACAUAAUAUGUGCUGAGUAAAUGCAUGUUUCCUUCCUUGCAUUCCUUCCCUUCAAAGGAAAUAAUUUGUCCAAGUUUGCAAAGUGAGCUGCUGCAGAUUUUUUGUGACUUAUUCUUCUAGUAUGCUGCCACAUUAUGGAUCAUUUGUCCUACUCUGGGAAGGCUUCAGGGUGGAUAUUUUGACAACUGGGUGGAAGAAACAACAAGACUAUUCCUAACCUCUCCUUUUUGCAUUUACAGAGACAGAUAGUGAGCCUGGAAGAUGAUAUUGCAUGAAUGGUUGCCACAAGAAGUGCCUUUUACCAAAAGUUGCUGCUUAUUUAUGGGAGGAAAAUGCCUUUUCUUUCCCAGUUCCUUUAUCAACUGCUCACCUCCCAGGGCAGCCACUGCUGCUAUUUCCCAAGGGUCCAGACCGAUAUCCUCCUACCUAAAGAAAGAAGAGAAAGGAAAACAAAAGCCACUAUCUCCACCCAUCCCCAGAUGAAUGGGCUUUGUGGGUGAUGUCUGGGCUAAGCUGACUGUCUACUUGGAGUUUUGUUUUAUAUAUUUAUUCAUCUUGGAGGCAGGACAGUCAAGCUUCUGAUGGGGUCUUUGAAUGAUGGCUUUUGUUGGUAUUUUCCCUUACGUGUGAAGGAGAAGAGAACCAGGAAACAAGAUGGGGUGAUUCUCUGGAUGUAAGGCUGCAAUAUUUCUCUGAUGGGAUCUGGAUGCUUCCCUCCACCACAGUCUUUUGGCUAAAGGAGUGAAGAUGAGGAAUGGGGUUAUGUGAAGACUUGGGGACUGAACUAAGGCACAGUGGUUUUCCGAUAGAAACAGGUGCUACUCCUGGGUCAGGUGCUGCGCCCCAUCCCUUCCCUACUCCCUUUAUCUCAGGAGUGAAAGUGUUUACUUCUUCUACCUUGGAGUUCUUGGUAGAUAACUCGUUCUGUUGCCCACCCUCUCAUAAUCCAAACUUUGCCUCUUCCAAGCACAUCUGUGCUCUUCUCUUAAGCCAUUAAAUUGCCUCAGAGAUGACUAGUCACCAAGUGUGGGGUUAGCUUGAGCUAAAACUAUCCUAACCCCAGACACUUAACCAUUCAUUUACAGUAGCUCCUGGAGGGAGAUCUGCCACCAUUCAUCCUACGAUAUGCCAUAAUGUGCCACGCACUAUCCAGUGAAUUCCAGCUAGGCCACUUUUGUCUUGGGAGUUCUUAGUCUGCCAUACUAUGGAGCUCUUUUUUAGGGUUUUUUUCCCUGCACCAAACACCUCCCUCUCUUCCACUUGCCCCUCUUUCUUUUCAUUGGUAAAUUUUGUCUCCUUUUUUUUUUCCUUGCACUUUUUCAGUUCAGGGUUGUAUAUUUGUAAAUUUUAUAUUUUUAUUAUAAUUUUGCACUGUUGCUUUUGUAUAUAUUAUUUUGACUAAUAUUGAAGGCUUGGCCAGAAUGACACAUUGUAAACUGCCAACAAAGAUUGUAUUGUAUUUGUAAAUUUGCGGUAUUUUGUAUACUGUUCAAUAAAUAAGAAGAGGUGUGUGUGUGUGUGUGUGUGUGUGUGUGUGUGUGUGUGUGUGUGUACGUACUCUUCUGAGUGUCUGAGAUUGUCCAAAUGGAAGAGUUGAUCAGGAAAUCUAAGCCAGGACUGCAUUGUUUAAAAUACAGUUUAUAAUUGCCAUCUAUUAUCUUUCUAGUUCACAUCUAGUGGGCUAUUUGAAAAGUUUUCUCUUUUGUGUUUCUUAUGAAAACUUCUAGACCUGUGAUGAUGAACCUUUUAGAGAACGAGUGCCCAAACUGCAAUCUUUAUGCUGCAUAUGAACCCCUUCCUUACUCCAGAUAGGGGAAAGAGGAAGUGCUCCCAUUGGGCUGUUGGGCAGAGGGGCCAGUGAUAAGAGAAAUAACCUUAGGUGUGCAGAGGGAGAGGAAAGCAACCCUCUCCAGCAUGAGUGCCAUAGGUUUGCCAACAUAGUGUUAGACCACCUAGUUGAAUACUUUACUUCACUUGGGGGAGAUGUGCCAUCUCAGUACAUCUCCAAUUUUAGCAUCCUUUGCUCAGAAUAUUUGCAUAGGACUAGUAAUCCUUAUGGUGGAUUCAGCUAUAUAUUUUGAAUUUGAAAACUUUUGGAAGGAAGAGCAGCAACCAGCCAUUGGACUGUUUGCCUUAUAUUUCAUGGCCCCUGAAUAAAUGCUUGUUGAAUUAAGUUGAAUUGAACACUGGGAGAGAGCCAGGCAAACCCCCAUCAUUCCUAAUUGGUAAAUGUUUCUUUUCCCCUUGCCCCUAGGAACCCAUCCCUCUCAGAGUCGAAAGGAAAUGGGAGUGAAAAGGGCAUAAACACUAGACUAAAGAAAGAUAUAAAGCACUACAACCUUCUUUUGUCGGAAGCUGUGAAAGACAUUCUGAAGCCUGUAAAUAAAAUCAUGUAUAGUCAGUAGGUUAUUGCUUUGUUUGUAUUUUUUUUUGCACACAAUAUGUCUUUGUGUAUUCUUUGUAUAUUUGGGCGAGACCACUGUCAUUUUUUAAAAAUCACUUUAUUUAUUGUUAAACUUCUUGGGGGCACCCUCUUCAUCUGGGAUGAUUUUUCCUGGGUCUUUCUCCUCAUCCUGUUUCUAAAGAUGACCUUUGCACCAUUGUAGCUGAUGCUUCCUGGGGAAAUGGCAUUUGCGCACAUACAGAUGAAAUGCUGAUUGCCUUUGGAAUGGGGGGUAUUGAAUUUUUUUAACCAAUUAUAUGUACAAAAUGUUUUUGUAGCCUGAUUGUCUUAUUGUGAUCAAUUAAAUUUCUAAAGUGCACAGA